AUGUCUGGUCGUGGAAAAGGAGGCAAAGGGCUAGGAAAAGGAGGAGCGAAACGCCAUCGCAAGGUGCUCAGGGACAACAUCCAGGGCAUCACCAAGCCGGCUAUUCGUCGUCUGGCUCGUCGUGGUGGUGUGAAGCGUAUCUCUGGACUGAUCUACGAAGAGACACGUGGAGUGCUGAAGGUGUUUCUGGAGAAUGUGAUUCGCGACGCUGUCACCUACUGCGAACACGCCAAAAGAAAGACCGUCACCGCCAUGGACGUCGUGUACGCCCUCAAGCGCCAAGGACGCACACUGUACGGCUUCGGUGGAUAA